GUGUUGGAGUACGUGUACUGGUGUUGGAGUACGUGUACUGGUGUUGGAGUACUGGUGUUGGAGUACGUGUACUGGUGUUGGAGUACUGGUGUUGGAGUACGUGUACUGGUGUUGGAGUACUGGUGUUGGAGUACGUGUACUGGUGUUGGAGUACGUGUACUGGUGGAGAGUUAAUAAUGAACACAGCAACACAAGCUUCACCACUACAAGAUGUACAUGGUGAUGGUAGAUGGUUAAGUAUGCACAAUAGGUUUGUGAACCAAGCACGGGAAAUGGAACCCGAUGUGGUGUUUGUGGGCGACUCUUUGGUUGCCAAUCUUCAGUCCACUGAUCUAUGGGAGAAAUGGUUCGCUCCGAUGCAUAGCCUCAAUUUUGGUAUCGGAGGUGACCAAACACAACAUGUCCUCUGGAGACUUAAGAAUGGAGAAUUGGAAUAUAUAAAACCGAAGGCUGUUGUGGUAUUAGUGGGGACCAAUAACCAUGACCAUUCAGCAGAUGAAGUUGCUGAAGGCAUCACAGAAAUAUUCCAGGCAAUUAGGGAAAAGCAGCCACAAGCAUAUAUAGUUAUUCUUACACUUUUACCUCGAGGAGAGAAACCCAAUCCUCUGCGUGAGAAGAACAGUGAAGUCAAUGUUCUCAUAAAGGAAGCUCUGCGCCAGGCUGACCUGUGUCAGGUGGUUAAUAUUGAUCGUGACCUUGUCUUAAGUGAUGGGACAAUAGAUCACCGAGACAUGUACGACUACUUGCAUCUGACAUCUCAGGGUUACCGGCGUGCCUUUGAGCCUGUCUAUAUGCUUUUGACCAAUUUAUUGCAUGAAAAUGAUACAGCACUGCUCAACGAUGCUGCACUUGCAUCGCCAGCAUCAGAUAAUCCCCCAGCAGACAACCGUGGAACUUGUGUCGAGUAGUUUGUAUACUGCACUGAUCAACUCACUCAGCCAUUUAGCACCACUUCCCAAGUUCCUUGGCAACCUUAAUCAUGGUAGCAUAUCUUUCAGACAUUCUUCUCACAAAAUGUUGCUAUGCACUAGUGAUACAUAUGUGCAUUUCUGCUUGUCUGGUCUGCCUUCUCCACCAAUAUCUCUCGCAAGGUAAUUACUUUUUUAAUUUUAUCCAUCAACUGAUUUUCUUAAUUUAUUUUGGAAGUCUUGAUGAAGGACCCAAGUUACACACAGCUUUGCUUAAUGUUCGAUGUGAUCUCUAAAGAUCCUCAUUGUAUUGUGUUUUGAAAGUGACACAUACAUUAAAAUUUACAUUAUUAGCAUCUCGUAUAUGCUUUUUUUUUUUUUUUUUUUUUUACUCAAGUCAGAUUUUUUCAUGUUACAGUUUUUCUUUUAAUGCUUCUAUGAAAUUUGUAUUCAUUUAUAUACAACCUUUUCAUCACGGAUACUGUACACUACUGUUUAUUAUUGUUCAAUAUGGACAAACUUUGCAAAUUUAACUUAAAUAUUCCCUACAAACAUUUUUCAGCAAAAUCUCAAAUUUCAAAAUAAUGAGAAUUAAAUUACUGGUAAAUUAUGCAUCUCUAAUAAUAAGCAGAAGACACUAAUCUUGUAUAAGAGCAAAUAUAGGAUUGGUUUUGAUUUGAUCCACUGACGACAUGAUAAAGUUUAAGACAACCAAAGUUCUGAUCAAUAUACUAUACAUAAGUCUGUGCAUUUUCUCAGUAAAAUAUCUGUUAGAAGGUAAAAUAAUUUGAGGUGUGUAACUGUUCAUAUUUACUUUCCACUGACAUAAUAUUCUUUACAACAGAAGAAAAAGGUUGUGUAGGCUAUUAAUUAUUAUUAAAACUGUGUGAAGCUGAAAAUUCAGAAAGUAUUUGUGUUCACAAUCCAUUUGAAAUUAGAAACUGUUCAAACAUUAUUUGAAUAUUAUAGAAAUGCAAAACAAAAAAAUGGUAAUUUCUUGUACAUAUGGAGUGUGAGUAAAGCAGCAUUUAUGAAGGUAUUCAGGGAAACCAGUUAGCCAGACUUGAGUCCUGGAGGUGGGACAUACAGUGUCUGCACUCUGAAGGACAGCUGGAGAUAUGUUAAAAGUUUUUGAACUAGUAUCAGCAUGCCUCUGGCAACACAGUGAUGGAGUGAGUGACAAGUGUGUUUUCUUUUUUGGGUCGCCCUACCUUGGUAGGAAACGGCCAAUAUGUUAAGAGAGAAAUAAACGCAGCUUAUAGAGUGGAAGCAGCAUGUUAUGCUAGAGGUUGUCGGGGUAUACUAAGGCAGCCAACACUGGGCUUGUGAAGGACAAUUCAUUCCUAAAAACCAAAGUUUAGAACAGAAGGACUUGCUAAUCCUGUUCUUGUGAUACAUUUUAAGUGAUCUUAUUGUCAUUAUUUAAACUUUUUUUAAUAUUCUAGUUAUUUAUACAUUGGUAUUUUCUCAGUUCACUUUCAUUGUGCAGCUGUUUGUGUAUAUGUAUGCAUGCAUGUAUAUUGUAUAGAUUUUUUAACUUAAUUAUUUUUUAAUUAAUAUUUUUUAAAUAGUUAGUUAUCAUGGGUUAAAAGGUUAUGAUUGUUUUAUCAGUUCACACAUUACAAAUUAAUAUAUUAAAUUAAGGGUAUACAAUAAUAAGCUUAUGCUGACCUGAGAUAAGUUGGGUAAGAUUAAUUUAAAUUAUAUCAUGUUAAUUUUAGGAAGGUUAGAAUAUGUUAAUGAGUUACUUUUGGUGCAAAAUAUAUUUUUUUAUGCCAUGAUAACUUAUCUAUGUUUAUUUGUGCAUGAAAGAGAAUUUUCACAAAAGUUUUAUGUUUAGGGCAGUGCAGCUCAUAUAUAUGACGUAUGUACAUGACAUGAAUGGUAUACAGUACUGACGCGAGGAAGAAUUAAACACGUGCAGCAUCUGGGUAUCUCUACUUGUAAACAUUUCACCAUCCAGUGACUAUCAUUAUAAAUUAAAGGACAUAAUGGGAAGAUGGUAGAACCGUAUGUAAAAAAUACGAGUGAUCAGUGAGUGAGAGUCUGGGAAGAGUAAUAAAGUGAACAUACUUAAAUUCUAAAAAGGAAAUUUAAAAGAAAGCAGGAUAAGCCAUUGACCUCACUUACUGUGUGAAGUGUCUCCUUCUCUCACCCCUAACCACUCACCACUGAUCUCCCCACCCAGCACUUACUACCCACUGCCCGCUUCCCAUAAAUACCCAAUGCCCUUAAACUACCCACCACCCAUGAACUACCCACAGACCACCCACUGCCCAUAAACCACCCAGGAUAGUAUAAAGAAAAGUGAGGAUGGCCAGAAAUAAGAUCUCUUGUGUAUGUGAAAAAUUUUUUAGAAGAAACAUUAGGGGCAUUGAUUAUGAAAUAUGUAGAACGUCUCAUGCAUCACGUACAAAGCUUAAUUCAGCCACCAGAAAUGACCUAAAACAAGAAAGAUGUUUCUGGACUUGCCCCAUUGAGAUGGAAACCUGGUCAGGCAUAAGGGAAGUAUUAAAAAGUGAAAACCUAGAAAGCAUAAGAAAGUUUCUAAGGAGCUUGCCAGAUAUAUACAAAGAGUGGGAAAAAAAAAGGUAGGGAACAGGGGGAGGAGGAAAAUGAAAAUAAAGGUAAAGACCAAGGAGCUGAAACAAGGGUGGAAAAUGUCAUUCAGGAAGUCAGAAAAGACCAAAAAAUGGGUGUAUGACAUAGGAAAAAGGGAAGGGAAGAAGAGAAAUUUAUAGUAGGAAUAGAUGAAAGAAAACAAGAGAAUACAGAUCAGGUGGCAGAACUUGGGCAAGAUUCAGACUCAGUAAAUGUAGGUAAAUAUAGGGAGAACAUGCUGGAAUAAACACAAUAGAAAAUGUAUGAACGUGUUGAGAAAUGGAAAGUGUUGCUUUUACAAAGAGUGCAGCAGGUACUUCCACCCAGUGAUGUGCAAAGCUUCAACACAGUCCAGAGAAUGUUAUAACCUGAACUGCCCAGACCAUCAUGUAAAAGGAAUGCCGUGCUACAGAGAAAUGGAAAAUGAGCAGCAGUCUUUUGUAGACAGAAACGAUUGUACCAAAGAAAGAGGCAAAAUGGGGAAAUGGGACAGAGGGACACAACACUGGGACAUACCAAGCCAGGCAUCAGCUCAUCAGGGUUGAAUAUACAGUCAAAUGCAAAAUCAGUAUUGGAGAAAUCAGGGGUAUGUCCACCAGGGGCCAUACCAGGUAGUACAUCACCAGUGAUACUAACUAAACACACAGCAAAACAAAACAUCCCAGAUGGUAAAUCCUGCUUCCUCUUUGCAAACACUCGAGGUUUGAAAUAAAAUAAAAACGAAAAGUUAGUUAUAUUAGUGGGUUCCUCUCAGAAGCGAAUGUUUGGAACAUUUACAGAAACACACACAAGGAAUGUUUUGGAUGGAGCGAUAAAGAUAAAAACCCAUAACAUGUAUUGAUGUGAUAGAAUUAAUAGGUCACAGGGAGGAUUAGGACUAUGUGAAAGAUUCUUUCAAUUGCACAGAAUUGCUGAAUUCUAUGAAUGAUAUAGUAGAAAUUCUAGGUAUUAAAGAUGAAAAUAGGAAUUUGGGAAUUUUUUCUUCUUUCAGUAUGCUGGCCAUAUCCCACUGAGGCAGGGUGGCCAUAUCCCACUGAGGCAGGGUGGCCAUAUCCCACUGAGGCAGGGUGGCCAUAUCCCACUGAGGCAGGGUGGCCAUAUCCCACUGAGGCAGGGUGGCCAUAUCCCACUGAGGCAGGGUGGCCAUAUCCCACUGAGGCAGGGUGGCCAUAUCCCACUGAGGCAGGGUGGCCAUCUCCCACUGAGGCAGGGUGGCCAUAUCCCACUGAGGCAGGGUGGCCAUAUCCCACUGAGGCAGGGUGGCCAUAUCCCACUGAGGCAGGGUGGCCAUAUCCCACUGAGGCAGGGUGGCCAUAUCCCACUGAGGCAGGGUGGCCAUAUCCCACUGAGGCAGGGUGGCCAUAUCCCACUGAGGCAGGGUGGCCAUAUCCCACUGAGGCAGGGUGGCCAUAUCCCACUGAGGCAGGGUGGCCAUAUCCCACUGAGGCAGGGUGGCCAUAUCCCACUGAGGCAGGGUGGCCAUAUCCUACUGAGGCAGGGUGGCCAUAUCCCACUGAGGCAGGGUGGCCAUAUCCCACUGAGGCAGGGUGGCCAUAUCCCACUGAGGCAGGGUGGCCAUAUCCCACUGAGGCAGGGUGGCCAUAUCCCACUGAGGCAGGGUGGCCAUCUCCCCCCCCCCAAAAAAAAAAAAGUUUCUCUUUUUGAAUUUUGUAAUAUAUACAGGAGAAGGGGUUACUAGCCCCCUUGCUUCCAGCAUUUAAGUCGCCUCUUAUGAUACACAUGGCUUAUGGAGGAAGAAUUCUGUUCUACUUCCCCAUGGAGAAAUUUGGCAAUUAUCCUAGUACUACGUAUAUAAACCACCAUCAGCAACUGCUGAGGAAUUCACAAAUCAGUUAAGGAAGAUAGAUAGCUGUCUGGAUAGGCUAGAAUUAUCCCACACCAAAUAUUAUACUCCUUGGAGAUUUUAAUCUCUCACACAUAAAAUGGAAGAUAGCUCAUUGCAACGUUAUACCAGAAAUAUCUCCUUGAAGCACCCUGGCUCAACAGGUACUAAUGAGGCUUUGUGUAAAGUACUCGUUGAAGCAACAGAUAACUGAUCCCACUAGAAAUGAAAAUGCCAGAUUUGAUAUUCACAAACAGCGAGGACUAAUCAGACACACAACAAUUACAAAAACAAUAUACUCUGACCACAACAUCAUUGAAGUACAGACGAGUAUUAACUGAGGGUUAGGGAACUGCAGCACUAAUGUAAGAGAAGGGUUGUUUAAUUUCAACAACCAUAGAAUUGACUGGGAAAAAAUGAACCAAGAGCUAUCAGACAUAUCCUGGGAGUCAGACAUUAACACCCUAAAUCUCCACCAGUACCUACAGAGGCUGAAUAUAGAAGCAUACGAGGUCUGUGUUAAACACAUACUAUUCAGAGAGCCCAGAAGAUCAAAUAUAUAAAGAGAGAGAGUGUAGGAGAUCAUACAGAAAAAGAAAAUGGGUUACUGAAUUGCUUAAAAACAAAUGUGCUGCAACAGAGAAAAGAAAACCUUAGUUGAGAGAUUAAUGAAUUUGAGCAAAAACUUAGGAUGUCAUACCUAGCAGAAGAAGUACAAAGGGAACAAAAGGCCAUACAGGAUAUUGCAAGAAACCCAAAAUAUUUCUAUUCAUGCACAAAAUCCAAGCUAAGAACUACCUGUAGAAUUGGACCAUUAUUGAGAGGAGACUCAUAUACCAACAGUGAACAGGAAAUGAGUAAAAUCCUAAAAGAGCAGUAUGAGCCAGUGUUCAGCAACCCACUAAAUGACAGCAAGGUAGAAAAUGCAGAAACAUUUUUCACUCCAGAAGAAGGCCACACAGACCAACUAACUGACAUAAGCACAAGUCCCAUAAUUUCAAAAAAGAAAUGACUAACAUGCCCACUCACUCAGCACCUGGACCAGACUCAUGGAAUUCCUUAUAAAAAAAAUGGAAAGUACCAGUAGCAAGAGCCCUCAGUAUUCUUUGGAGAAAGAGCUUGGAUCUAGGUGAAAUACUGGAGUCCUUGAAGAGUGCAGACAAAGCUCCUUUGUAUAAGGGAGGUAGUAGAGCACUAGCUUAAAAUUACAGACCAGUAACCCUAACUUCUCACAUAAAAAUCUUUGAAAGAGUGAUGAGAUGGCAGAAUACAAAUUCCUUGGAACAGCACAACCAGCAUAACCCAACCCAGCAUGGUUUUAGAGUUGGACGAUCAUGCUUUUCGCAGAUGCUGAACCACUAUGGCAGAAUUAUGGAGGCGUUAGAAGACGACCAAACUGCAGAUGUGAUAUACAUGUUUUCCAAAGGCACUUGACAAAUGCAAUCAUGGAGUGAUAGUGCACAAAAUGAGGUUAGUUAGUUUAAUAUGUUUAUUAUGCACCCCAUACCCAUCCUGUGAGCACACAAAAUGAGGGCCAUAGGCAUUAUGGGAAAGGUAGGCAGAUGGAUUUUCAGGUUCCUAACACGUGCAACACCAAGGGUACUAGUAAACAACAAAAUCCAGCAUCAGCAGGGUAAAAAGCUCAGUUCUGCAAGGCACCGUCCUGGCACCUCUGCUGUGUCUCAUCCUCAUAGCAGACAUAGAUAAGAACACCUGUCACAGUUUUGUAUCAUUUUCAGAUGACACUAAAAUAGGCAUAAAAGUCAUUACAGUAGAAGACACUGAAAAAUUACAGGAAGACAUAAUCAGGGUUUUUCAGUGAGCAGUGGUGGGCAACAUGACGUUCAAUUGUGAUAAGUUCCAGCUGCUUAGGUAUGGAAAGAAUGAAGAACUCAGAAGGAACACUGCAUACAAAACUCAAGACAAUCACCAGAUAGAACGAAAGGAACACAUAAAAGACUUGGGAAUAAUUAUGUCUGGUGAUCUUUCUUUCAAAGAACAUAAUAAGACAAAGAUCAUGACAACCAGGAGGAUGAUAGGGUGGGUUUUGAGAGCUUUCAAAACAAGGGAAAUAAUGCCAAUGAUGGCACUCUUCAAAUUGCUAGUGCUCACUCAUUUGGAAUAUUGCUCAGUGUUGAUGGCCCUGUUCAGAGCAGGAGAAAUAUCAGAGCUGGAACAAAUGCAGAGAUCAUUUACAGCUCACAUAGAGCCAGUAAAGCACCUAUAUUACUGGGAGCACCUGAAAGUCUUAAACAUGUACUCAGUGGAGUGGAGGAGAAAGAGAUAAACGAUAAUAUUUUCCUGGAAAGUAAUUAGGACCUGAUCCCAAAUUUGCACACUGCCAUAACAACAUACUUGAGAGAUAUGGGAGGAGGUGCAACAUAAACUCUGUGAUGAACAGGGAUGUGGUGGGGGCGAUAAGGGAACGCUUUAUCAACAUUUAUGGCCCCAGAUUAUUCAGCAUCUUACCAGAAGAUAUCAGAAACAUGGCUGGAACAAGUGUAGAAGCCUUCAAGAGAAAACUGGGAAAGGAUCUUCACCAGGUGCCAGAUCAACCAGGCUGUGAUGGAUAUGUGGGGCAGCAACAGCCUGGUUGACCAGGCAAGCACCAGACAAGCCUGGCCAGUGGCUGGGUUCCAAGAGUAGCAAGACUCUUGAAACUCAUAUACAUGUAUAUAUAUAUAUCCAUCCAUCCAUCUAUGGGGAAACAGAACAGAAUUCUUCCUCCGUAAGCCAUGCAUGUCGUAAGAGGUGACUAACAUGCUGGGAGCAAGAGGCUAGUAACCCCUUCGUUUUACCUUUUAGGCCACAAUGCCUCAGUAAGAUUCAGCAGGUUUGUUGAAAGAAGAUAAAAUAUUAUAUUAUGUAUGUAAUUGUUUUGGCAGUUUUAGCAGUAUAUAUGUAGUGUAUGUUGUGAUAUUUGUAUGAAUUGCAUGGCUGUGAAUUGCUUUAUAUUUUGUAUGCAGUAUUUAUUAUAUAGUUUUUGUAACUAUUUUGGAAGUUGUCAUUGGUGCAUAUUAUUUUUAUUUUAUGUAAGAUGAUGAAUCUAGUCUCGGUGAAGUAGUUGGUUAUCCUAUAAUGUGUGUUAAAAGUUCUGAAUGAAGUUGUGUAACGUAGUGGUCAUGUGCACUUGAUGCUAUCAAAGUUUAGUGCUCUGUAGAGAUUUCGAGCACUCGGAAUGCUGUGUACUUUGUGUAUUCUUUCACUUUGAGACCAACAUUAGGGCCACAUUACAUAUCUGGACAUAACAUCACUUCAUAGUGAAUUUCAUAUAUUGCUUGUUUUUCCAUUACUUUAGUUAAUACAUUGCUAUAAAAAUUACUUUCAAAGAUUCAUUAAAAUGAAUUUUAGCUGAAUUGAAAAGAGCACCACAUGGCAACCUAUGGCUAAUCUUUCAUAAACUUAUAAUGUUCAUAAUGUACAAUCUCUCCAUGCAGAAGUGGAACACAAUUCUUCCUCCGUACGCCAUGCGUGCCGUAAGAGGCGACUAAAAUGCCAGGAGCAAGGGGCUAGUAACCCCUUCUCUUGUAUACAUUAUUAAAGUUUAUUAUAAUUAUGGGGGAGCAUUAAACCCAUUGGAUUAUACAGCGCCUGUGGGGGGGGGGAUGGAAGGUAUUCAGGCCCAAUUCGAACUGAAGCACAGAUCCAAUUCCCCUAGAUCAUGAGCCCCUCACCAGCAUCGAAGAACCUCCCUUGAGAGGUACUAAAGUUAAAAAGAGAAACUUUUGUUUGUCUUUUUGGGCCACCCUGCCUCAGUGGUCACCCUUCCAGAGGUGUCGCUAGAGUUGGUGUCACCCGGGGCGGAAUCUCUGGUGUCACCCAGGACGGCAUCUUUGGUGUCACCCCCAUGAAAUUCAAGGGCGGGGGGAUGGGGGUUGGUAAACUCCAGUUACGUCACUACUGCAUGACCAGUGACAUAUUUAGCAAUGAGAAUGUUUAAGGGCCAUAAACUGAACAGGAGAAUACUUCUCAACUUUAUUAAUGAUAAAAUAAAUAAUCGUAGUAAUAUUGAGGAAAACUCAAAUACCACUUUUAGUACAGCCAACAGAUCCUACAUUUAUUCAUCUUCAACAAUGUAAAAAAACUUGAAAAAUAAAGAAAAACAUUGCAAUAUCAGAGAAACACUAGUUCCGAUUUGACUUUAAGUACAGGUAACAUCUCAGUGAAUCUGAUCUUACAUUUCCUUGCCUUCAGUUAUGCAAAAUCAUCUAUCACAUCAUCAAAAUCAAUGAUUUUCCCUAUAUAGGCUUAUUUGUACUUUGUUAAUGUAUAAUAGGCUAUAUAGAAACGAAGGAUUCUUCUCUUAAGUUGGUGCAGCACUGUUUUGGGCAUUAGUGUCACCUUUACAGGCUCUAUGGUGUCACCCGGGGCACCCGGCCCCCGCCCCCCUUACGACGCCUCUGCACCCUGCCUCAAUGAUCACCCUGCUUCAGUGGGAUAUGGUUGACUUGUUGAAAGAAGAAAGAAUAAUUUGCAAUCUAAUUCAGCUUGUAGAUUUCAGGUGACUAUGAUGUCAGCAUUUGACUGGUACCUAUGUAUAUUUUGUCCUGCAGAAUCUAAAAAAAUAAAAUGACACUAGAAAUUUGUACACAAUAUUUAAUGCUAGCAGACAACCCAAGUGAUUUCUUAGAUGUUGAGAAUUUACUAAGUGGUUUCAGCUUAGCACUUUUGAAAGUUGAAACAGAAAAAUCAUAGCACAUUUUGAAAUAAAGCUGCAGGAUUAAAUAUUGAAGCUCUGAGCUCAUGUGGAAACUCGAGAGAGGAUGGGGGGCCAAGUGGUCUACCUGGAGGGUAUUCCAGAGAUCAGUUCCCCCGUGAGAGGAUGGGGGACCAAGUGGUCUACCUGGAGGGUAUUCCGGAGAUCAGUGCCCCCGUGAGAGGAUGGGGGACCAAGUGGUCUUCCUGGAGGGUAUUCCGGAUAUCAAUGCCCCCGUGAGAGGAUGGGGGGCCAAGUGGUCUACCUGGAGAGUAUUCUGGAGAUCAAUGCCCCCAUGGCCCCAUCCAUGACCAAGCCUUCCGGUGGAUCAGGGCCUGAUCAAUUAGGCUGUUUCUGCUGGCCACAUGUAGUGACCCUACUUGGGAGUUUGCUCUACACCUACAACUGGAACAUUUUGACUACACUGUGGUUUCUGCAGUCCAAUACAGAUUAUAGGUUGGAGGCAACAGAAGUGACGAGGUAAUAUGAUGAUGUAAUAAAUCCAUCAAUCUUGUAGAAAUAGUUGGAGGUUGUCAGUCCCUCAGCUUGGAGAAGAGUUCAUCUCCAUGGUCUGGAACAAUAUGAAGCUGAAGCAUGAGAAUGGAGUCAGAAAUACUGUCGAAGGUGAGGUGGAAGAUCUCAAAGACGGAGAAGGCAGGCCUGUCUGGAAUUGAACCCUUUUCAGUCAUGACUAGUAGUAAGUGAUGAAAUUGUGGAAGGUAUCCUCUAUACCAAGAUACUGUUGUGUUGCUGUGUCUGACAUAUCUUGAAAAUGGUACAAAAUACCAGACAUUUCAGCAAUAAAGAUUCUCAACUGCUGCACAUACCUUACUCCUCAACUUGUCAAUAUUUUAUACCAUUUUGAACAUUUAAUACAUUGUUUUGAGUCUGUCUUAGGUAUGUUCAGUACUACAUAUAUCAUUAUUUAUAUACUCACAACACAGUACUCUUAAAAGGUGAAAAUAAAUGGUAUAAAAUACCGACAAUGGAAACAAACACAUAUGCAGUUUAAUGUGAUCCUUUAUUGACAACGUUUCGCCCACACAGUGGGCUUUUUCCAAGUCACAAACAGAUCUGAUUGUGACUUGAAAAAGUCCACUGUGUGGGCGAAACAUUGUCAAUAAAGGAUCACAUUAAACUGCAUAUGUGUUUAUGUUUCCACUUUUAAAAGGUAUAGAAUAUUUGAAGAAUUUAUUGAAGUGUAAAAGUGGAUGGCCAGUAUAAGUAAAGGAUUUACGAAGGAAUUCAGGGAAACCAGUUAGCCAGACUUUAGUCCUGGAGGUGGGAACGGAGGGUGAGAAUGUUGCUGUUAGAGGAUAAUCUAAAUUGUAAUGUCAGCACACCUCUGGCCAGUGAUUAAAUGAAUGAUAGUGAAUAUUUCUUUGGGUCACCUUGUCUUGGCAGAUGUUAAGGUAAAAAACAAAUAAAAAAAUGAGGUUGAGUGUAUCUAACAAAGGCAAAACUCAAAAUAAAUUUGGAUAAAUUCAGAUUUAGAAAGUAUAGGAUAGUAUUGGUUUGGCAGUAGUUAUAAAUAAGUGUAACUUAACUGCCAGUAGUGUCAUUGCAGCUAAAAUUUAGUUGCUUUAAAAAUAGCUUAGACAGAUACAUAGGUGAAAUGAUUUUGUGGAAGUAGGGCCUUACAUGAGCCAGUUGGCCUAAUGUGGUGCUUCUCUUGUCUCUGAUAGUCUACCAGUCUAUUAAGACUAGGAGCUUAUUAUUACUCUUCAUGGAGCCAUUACAUUAUUUGACUGAUGUAGCGACUCCCACACAGCACCAAUUCUGUAAGAUUGUUUUUCGAAAUACAAUACUUUAAUCUGUUUCAAUAUAUUUGAGAGUAAGGCUAAAGGGAAAAGGAAAUAUUCAGUUGGAGAAAACCUUAUUCAAUUUUUGUGCAGAUCAAGUCACAGAACCUGACUGACUGGUGGUAAUAUUAUGCUGUUUAUUAACAGCAUAAUACCAACACCCAGCACAGUACUUUCUCAAAUGUUGUGCAACUGUCCCUCAAAAACUAGAGUACAUUUAAAUAAAAGAAAUAGUGCGAAAGAAAUAGUGGAGAAUGUUGGUGUGUGUGAGCAUUCAGUGAGGAACUGGGUGCAGCAUUUCAAGCCCUAUGAUUUGAGCUAUAGUUUCAGGUGUUAAAGACUUCCUUUUACCCAUAAUCAAACAUAUAUAGCCCAAAACCAAAGGGAGCACAGAACAAAAGAUGGGGUGGAUGCAGGACAAAUAUGCAACACUUCCUCUCACCACGGCAGUCACGUGAGCACUGGCAAGUUACUUUGCAGUGUGGCAGCAGGCCGAGACAUCAUGCUAACGGCUGCUGCCCGCCAUAAUGUACUAACGAAAAAAGACCCCCCUGUAUGGUAAGCCCUUGAUUUUCAUCAUGGCAUUAUGCCGGGGCGCUCACCCUGCAUAAUGUCGUGACGAGCACUGUAUGUCACAGGUGAGAGACACCCAAACACCUACCUGAGAAAUAAUCUAAACUGGCCAGUCGGUAAUCUAGUUGCUUGGUAACAGUGGUGUACUUCCCUGGCCGAGCUGUGAUGACGCCGAAUCGUUGACAUUCUAUCACCACCAACCAGUGUUCACAGAUUCAGUUUUCUUUAUGGUUUCUCCCCUUGGGUCAAAAAAAAAACAGAGCUGAGAUGACCAGCAGCAGCCAACCUUCCAUCCCCCAUGUCACCAACUUGCCAUCUACACAACCCCUCCCCCCCCUCCUCCCCAGUCAGUUGGAAGCACUCCCUUCCUCACAUUUAUAUUACAUUAUAUUAACAAUUAUAGGAAAAUUACAAAAAUUUCCACACAUUUACUGCUGAUUUAACUCUUGAUAGAGGAGAAUAUUGUUUUUAGAGAAAAUAAGUUUUCAGUGAUCUGUGUAUGAAGGAUAAUACUGGAAUGAUGUCAUUUAUUGCUACUGUGAUAAUUUAAUUCAUAUGAUGACCAUAUUUUAGAUUACCUAUACAUGGCAUCGAGCUUCUUACUGUACCAAGAUGCUCACGGGUGUAUUAGUAUGUCACCUGGCAGUCCUGCAUUAUCAAGUUUGUGUGAGACAAAUCUCAUCAUUAAGUGUUUUAUAGUAUACAGUGCAAUACAGUAAACAGUAUGCCACAUUUACCUGAAUUCUCAAAUGUUUGUGAAUUAUGGCUUUAAAUGCUCUCUUACAGUUGAUUGAGAUUUGUUACUUGAUAGUUUAAAUCCAGUUUUUCGAAGCUUAAUGUUUUUGUGGAUCUGCUUAAGUUUUUGUUUUCAUAGCGCAUCUGUCAUAAGCAAAAGCGACUUACAAUACAUGCGUACACUUACAUAUGCACAUGUGGACAAGUGAAAACAAAAAAGUAGGACAAAAAAUUGUGUUAAUAGAUAAGGUGUUAGUAUUACAAUAGAAUAUUAGUUACUUAGAUUGGAGGAUGUAUGUAUUAAAAAUAGUCGUUACUGCAGUAAUAUUUCUAGCACCUCACUUGAGCUCCAUUGUCAGUGUGAAACCAAAUUUAAAGUAUGUUGAGAUUAAGUCACAUGGUAAUGAAUGGUUGACUGAAAAUGAAUGAUCUACAAGGUAAUGCUUAUUUUUACAGUGUUAAAUUUAAGCUUCACUAUUACAAUAUUCUUUGUUAGUCUGAUAAUUACUAAGUUGACAUGUGUUGUUGUGGGUUAGAAACCUACAAGUUGAAGAGUGAGAUAUUUGUGCAACAUUUGGGGAUCUUUCUUGAGGAAAUGUUUUGCAAGCCAGUGGCUUCUUCAGCCCAUUACAGAGAAUGGUGAAAGAUGAGAAUGAGGUAAUCAGUCCCUCAGCCUGGAGUCAGUGUGUUCAGUCCAUCACUGACUCCAGACUGAGGGACUGAUUACUUCAUUAUCCUCAUCUUUCACCGUUCCUCUCUAUAAUGGACUGAAGAAUCCAUUGGCUGGUGAAACAUUUCCCCAAGAAAGAUCCCCAGGUGUUACACAAGUGUCUCAAUCUUCAGCUAAGUUGACAGUCAACACUUGUUCCAUUGCUCAUCUCAGUUGAUAUUUUAGGAUAAAAGUGAAACUCGUGUAAUAUUUAGUUCAUUAAUCAAACUAAACAGUUGUAUUACAAUUGUUUUCUCUCAACUUGAAAUGAACCUCAGGGUCCAUCUCAAAUUAUUUUUGUCUUGAUGGUUAUUGUAAUUUACUGUUGCAUGUAUAUUUUUUAGUUAUUAAUUUUGUCAAAGGUGAAUAUUUGCCAGCACAAUUUAAUUUAUUAUAUUUGUCAUUUUAAAUCUUUGUUUUGAUGCACCUUUGAGGCACUGAGUACAUGUUUACUAUCUUAUAUUUUAGUUUUAAUGAUGUAACUGAAUUUGUUUAGCAGUUUUUGAAGGGAUAACUAUUGUACUUGAAAGACAGACUAGUGGUAACACUGCUAUGCUAAUCUGCCAAGACUUGUGCACAUGUCUAUAUAUUAUAAUUAAAUUAUUAUACAAUCAA